UUUCGUUUCUCCUUGCUAUUCCAGCGCUCGCUAUAUAAUCCCCAAUCUUAAAAUCUAGGGUAUAAAAGGCCCAAUUCCUCUCCCUCUCUUUUUUCCCAUCUCUCAGUCUCUCUCCCUCCUCGCACGCGGAGAAUCUCAGCGAAGAUUUCUGGAUCGGCAAAGAUCAAUCAAUCGGAUAAGCGGUGUGGGUGUAGUAGUACUGUUAUUGGAGAAGAAUGGCGACCUUCGAGCUGUAUCGGAGAUCGACGAUCGGAAUGUGCUUGACGGAAACUCUGGAUCAGAUGGUUUCUGGCGGAAUUCUGAGCCCCGAGCUCGCCAUUCAAGUUUUAAUUCAAUUUGACAAGUCGAUGACUGAAGCUCUAGAGACUGAGGUGAAGAGCAAGGUUUCCAUUAAGGGACAUCUUCAUACCUAUCGAUUCUGUGACAAUGUGUGGACUUUCAUUUUACAAAAUGCUCAGCUGAAAAGCGAGGAAGGCCAGGAAACCGUUGAUUCUGUCAAGAUUGUCGCUUGUGACUCAAAGUUACUAACUCAGUGAAAAGAUAGCUUACUUGUAGUUUUUGUGUGGAUCUAAUUAGUAAUGGAGAAAAGUACUGCAAGAGAAGAGAGGUUAUGAGAAAUUCCGGAGGCAAGUCCUGUUUGUAUUUAACAAGAUUAAGCGGAGGGGGGAGUAUCGGAAAUUAACACUCAUAAGCUACCGUUGAUGAUGGCUACUGAACUCAUAUUUUCGCUUUCUGGUUUAUCGGAAUUUAUCAAUGUUCUUCAUUA